CAUUCAUUCUCAAUUCUCAUACCAAAACAAAACACACAACUCCUUUCCCUUUCAAGAAAACAAACUCUUUGAAAACAAACUCCUUUUCCUUUCCAUUAAUUUCAGUAUCCCUCUCUACUUCGAUCCAGUUAUUUCACGCAUCUUAUAUACUAUAAUCUUCGAAUCUUCACAAGCAUGUGUGGCGGUGCUAUCAUAGCUGACUUCAUCCCUCACCACGGCUCUCGCCGCGUCACCGCCUCUGAACUCUGGCCUAACACAUUUGCCAAACACAAUGACUCCCAGUUCGAUUCUUCUCAUCAUCCUCAGCACCACCAAUGUUCUGAUUCAGCCCCUCUCAAAAGGUCCCAACCUUCCCCUGCAGCUACAGUGAACGAGCAAGUUGACAAGCCAUUGAAGAGGCAGAGGAAAAACCUCUACAGAGGGAUUAGGCAGAGACCAUGGGGUAAAUGGGCUGCAGAGAUUCGUGAUCCCAGAAAAGGGGUUCGUGUCUGGUUGGGUACUUUCAACACUGCUGAAGAAGCUGCAAGAGCCUAUGAUAGGGAAGCUAGGAAAAUCCGUGGCAAGAAAGCUAAAGUCAACUUCCCCAACGAGGAUGAUGACCACUUCUCCAUUCAAUUCCAAGCACCUCCCCUGUUUCAACAGGGUUGCGGUUUGAACAGCAACGAAGUCAAUGUCCCCAAAACUCAGACUUUUCAGUUUGCUUAUGAUCUGAACCAAGAAAGUUGUGCUGGGUUUGGAUCUGCUUCGGGGUCGUCAGUGGAAGCAGAAGAAGAAGGGGUUGGAAAUGAAGAGAGAAAGACGAACCAGGUGGAGAAGCUUUCUGAGGAGCUUAUGGCGUUUGAUGACUACAUGGGGUUUUAUCAGGUUCCGUACUAUGAAGAGCAAUCCAAUGCUAGUGUUCAUGAAACUGUGGUAGGGGAUCUAUGGAACUUCGAUGCUGAGGAAUGAGGAUGUUCCUGUUACUUCUUCAGCCAUGUGAUCUUAUGUGCAAGUGUAUGCAAACUGACGUUGUUGGUCAAGUGUUGUUAUUUUGAUUUUCAAGUGUUCUGCAAUUUUCAUUUUACAUUGUUCACUUUUAUUCUUAUGAAUGUCAUUUUCUCAUAUACAAAUGCCCUGUUUACUUUCAA